AAAAUGAACGCAAAUGCAGAAAUCAGUGGGGACCUCGCCAAGCUACAGGGCGAGCAGACUUUAACACCGGCAGCCCUCGAGAUUCUUAAGGAACAUAAGAAAAUGGACGGGUCUAUUCAAAACUUGGUCGAAUCGUUUUGCGAGUACAAGGACAGCCCGUACGCCCUGUGCAAGACCAUGGUCCGAAUGAAGAGAGCUCGAGAUAUAUUUAUGGAGCAGAAAGAAGGCUGCUUGGAGCUGAUGGAACGUGAGGGGAAGAUCAAGGAACUUAUGGUUGUGGUCGGCUGCAUUAAUGCCUCAUUGGAGCUCAUCCGUUAUGUGCAGGACAUGUACCAGCAUAGGCAAAUGAACUACAGCAAAAAAUCCGACGAUCUUAAGGUCGUAAAUAAUGUACCGGGAAGACACAGAGUUCAAAUGGUAUACCUCUGCAGCGGAGACCAGCAGCUUAAAUAAUUUUGAGCUUUGAGGCCCGGAAGAUGACAGAAGACACAAAGCCAAAGAACAAAAUAAAACAGACUCCAACACAGGACGCCAGCCAUCCACUUGCCAGGACGCCACCCAUCCACUUGCACA